ACUCUCUAAUACUCUUUCUGUCACACACACAUUCUCUCUCACACGCACACAUUCUGUUCCACGUACCCUGUGUCGCACACACGCUCAGAUACACGCUCUUUCAUACACACACUCUCAUACUCACACUCUCUCUCUCUCACACACACACACACUGGUAUUGUUAAUCCAACGUGGGAAAUCUUUUGGAACAGGACCUUUGUAUUGCGAAAUGCCGUAUAAAGGGGGACGCGGUUUCAAUCGACUGAUAUUCGGGCAGCGAGUGAAAGUAACGCCAGGCUGUCUCGUUUUACAUCGGAAUUCAGAACAAACCUUAGAGGCCGACGCUGUCAGAAAAAAUCUCUAAGCACCAAUGUCACAGGUUGGAGGAAGCGAUAAUGUAGAUUUACAAAAUCAAACAAAAAAAUCUGAUCAAAAAGCACAGAGAAAUAUAAGGAGAAAUAACACCUGUGGAAAAUGGGAUCGCAGGUUACAAACGCUGAUGUGCAACCGACAACUGAGGGUUUCUACUUCAACGCUACUCAGAGUGCAACCAAUAGCAUCAACAUCACCUCCUCCUCUUCUAAUGACGGUUUAAGCCCAGAUUUGAAGAUCGUGGUCAGUCUCGUCAUGUCCCUUAUCGUUGUGGCCAUUGUCUUCGGUAACGUGCUGGUCAUCGUGGCGAUCGCCCGCUUCCAGCGGCUGCAGACAGUCACCAACUACUUCAUCACCUCUCUGGCCUGCGCCGACUUGGUGAUGGGGCUGAUCGUGGUGCCCUUCGGGGCGGUGCGGAUCGUCACGGACGAAUGGCAUUUCCACAACUUCUGGUGUGACUUCUGGACGUCGCUGGACGUGUUGUGUGUGACCGCCAGCAUCGAGACCCUCUGUGUGAUCGCUCUGGAUCGCUAUCUCGCCAUCACCUCUCCCUUCCGCUACCAGAGCCUGUUGACCAAGUGCAAGGCCAGGCUGGUUGUGUUGUUGGUGUGGAUGGUGGCGGGGCUGACCUCCUUCUUGCCCAUCUACAUGCGCUGGUGGCGCCUGAGCGAUACAGAGUCGCUGCGAUGUUACGCCGACCCCAAGUGUUGCGAGUUCCUCACCAACCGCGAGUUCGCCAUCGCUUCGUCCAUCGUCUCCUUCUACCUGCCGUUAGUGGUCAUGGUCUUCGUGUACGGGAGAGUCUUCCAGGAGGCUCGGCAACAGCUGAAGAAGAUCAGCCGGUGUGAGGGGAGGUUUCACGGGCCAGCGGGAGACCAAGGCUCGGCGCCUCUCGCCAACUCCAAUGGCAAAGGAGGCGCUGUCAAACAGGCGCCAAAGAGGACUUCCCGCUUCUUGAACCUGAAGGAGCACAAAGCCCUCAAGACGUUGGGGAUUAUCAUGGGCACCUUCACCCUCUGUUGGCUGCCUUUCUUCAUCGUUAAUGUGGUAAAUGUCAUCUCCCAGGACAGCGUGUCCAAACCCGUCUUCGUGUUUCUCAACUGGGUGGGUUACUCCAACUCGGCUUUCAAUCCGCUUAUCUACUGUCGCAGCUCGGAUUUCAGACGGGCUUUUCAGUCUCUGCUGUGGGGUUGUCGGGAUUCACACGGAGCCGCCGCCUGUGCUUCCCACCCCGCUCCAGGCGGCCCCGCGGGCGGCCUCCCCAGCGACUGCACCGGCGGACAGGCGGACGAGCGCUCAUCACAACACAACGGCUGUGCUCUGCUCGGCGGCUCAGUCACACACAGCCCCGGAGACAGCCCCGAGCACAAUGCGAACCACCGGCGGCUCCUCGAUUCUGUUAUUUAAUAUUAAAAGCAAAAGAGAGAAACAAACAGAAGAAAAGGAGAGAGCAAAUGGAUAAAGAGAGAGAGAGAGAAUGCAAACUGAUAAAGGGAAAGAGAGAGACCACUUGUGAACUUUGCCCAAGUUUCUUCUCGCCAUCUCUCUCUCUUUGAAGAAGAGAAACCGAAGGAAAGGAAACGGAUAAAAGCAGAGACGGAAGGAAUGCAAACUGAUAAAUGGAAGGAGGGGAGAAACGACUUGCAAACUUUGCCAACUUCCGUCUUUCUCUCUGUGCGUCCACAGUACUUGUCAUUUGCAUCCACCUACCUCAUUGUUUUAGUCAAACCACAUUGUGACACACGCGAUAUUGUAUAAUAUGAACAGAUCAUUUUUUAAACAUAAUUUUUUUUAAUAGUCAACUUGUUCAUGUUUACAGGCAGCAUUGUCUACACCUCCUACAAAGUCCAUGCCCAUUUUAUUCGAUAACGUUUGCACUCUGCUUUCCUUUAUAAUUAAUGCAAAUUGGGUUUUGUUUUCAUUUUUUUUAAAAGCGUUAACGUAAGCAAUAGUUUGUCAAAAGUUGGAGUUGAGGCAAACCCCUCAAAAAAAAUGUUGAUCGGUAAAGUGCAAUACAUUGUUUAUGGGAGUUGCAAUGUGUCCUGCGAGUGAGUCAUAGCUUAAAAUAGGGGCAGUCACCGCAGUAACAGUCAGGAAGAGAGGUGGGUUAUAGUAGAAAUAUAUUGCAGGUGGAAAUGAAUGGUUGAUGAUCAGUAGAGUUUGAGAGAAAGAAAAGCAGUGAGAAAGUGUUCAUGUUGUGUGCAUGUAUGUGUUGUGUGAGUGAGAAUGAUACCUUUAUCUCCCAGUUAAGGGGCAAUUGAAUGAACCUGUUAAACCACAAAUAGAUUAUUCCCACUUGUAACAGUUGCUUAAGCUUCAAGCACACAACAAAGUUUGUGGGGAGGUGUGGUUUUAUAGGGAGACCCUUUUUUAACUUUUUUUUCCUUUUACGAGAUCCUCACAGAGAAAAUCGUGUAUGCGUCGCUAAUUGUCCAAACGCGCUUAACCCGUGCCAGUCUGUGUGUUUAUGUAGGCGCUGGUGCUCUGUGUAACCUCUGAACUCAGAAGUUAUCUAUUGCAGUAUUGCACAACACGACCCUUUGUCAAAUCUCCCUUAAAAAAAGUUUAUUAAAAUUAAAUGAAGAUAAGGACAACAUUUUAAUCUGCAACUAAACUGAAUCCUGUAGCGUUCUGGUGAGUCCUCCAGAGCCUGGUUUUAAACUGUCUAAAAUGUCAACAUCCUAUGAGUUGAAAGCAGACACAUCAGCUGUUUGUUUCACGAAGUGAUGGUUGUUAACUUACAUCAGUGUUCGUCAAACACAGUUCUGUUGACUCAUGUUCUUUGCCACAUUGUUGCUUUUUUUGUCUGUUUAUUGGAAUUGUCUCACCACACUGGAGAGUAGAUAUUUGUGUGUUUUUUUUUAAUGUGCAAUAUCAAUGGUUAUUUCAGUGCCGAAUAGGCCUGGGCAGUUCAUGUUUACUUGAUGUCUUGAUAUAUAUUUUUCGGACGAGGUUGAUACCAAGACACAAAGCUAAAUUUAGCUUUUCAGAUGAGUCCAAGAAACAAGUGAAUCUUUUUUUGUUUUGGAUAUUUAUUUCGGUUUAAGUGUUGGUUAUUAUUCGUGUACGAAUAAAAUUACUUCUAUAUUUAAAA